AUAUAGAUGAACUUCAGAUAGAAUCCUUAAGCGAUCUUAAGGAUGACAUAAAAAGAUUAGGUCUUUCGAUAGAACACUUUCAUGAUUUCACAAUUAAGGAUAAACAAAAAAAAAUCUUAGUUGAAUCAUUUAAUUGCUAUUUGGAGAAAGACCAAAUAAAUGCUAAAAACUUGGAUAUAGAUACAAAUUUAUUCAAUUAUCUUCAGUACUUCUUUAAAGAAUUGCAGAAUAAAAAUAAUCAUAAUGCUCAACUAAAUGAAAUUAGAAUGCAAGCAGUUGACCUUGAAUUAUUCUAUAUUCAUCAAAGGGAUAGAAUGAUUGGUGAUGAAAUCUUUAGAAAAGCUAUUAAGAAGAAAGAGGAUUAG